GCUCCGGAGCAGCCUGCGGGCCGGGAGCCGCGCCGCGCCCCUCCGCGCAGGCCGAGGGCGGGACCGCCGGCGGGAGCGGGAGCCGGGCCGGGGCCGGGAAGGCUCGGCCGGGGAGGCGGCGGUCGAUCCUUUGUGCGGCGGCCCGCCGGGGCUGCGCGGGUCGGCGGCUGCCGGCGUUGCAGUCUCGGUGAGAGGUGCCGGGAGGCCGGUGGCGGCGGGUGUUCCCUCAGAGCGGCCGGCGCCGGCCUGUGAGCACCGUCGGGGGCUGAGGGGGGGCGGCGAGCGCCCUUGUACCCGCGGGUGCAGGCGGCUCGGUGCGGGUGGGAUCAGCGCCGCGCCGUGCUGACCACCGACCUCUGCGGUCGGGGCGAAGGUGGUAAAUCCCAUGUGCAGCUAAUAAAUCUGGCUUCUGAAUCGGUGUAAUCCGCGUAAAAGGUACACUUCAGCACGCACUCACGUGUGUAAAUUCCCCACUCUACCGCUAUCUGCAGGAUUUGGGACACACAGAUUUUGAAGUAUGUUCAUCGGUGUCACAGAAGGCAGAGCAAUGUGCAGCAGUGGAAAGCCAAAAAGAGCGGACUGUGCAUGCUGCCCAGAAACAAGGCAUCCUGUCAAAACUAGUUGAGUUCUUUAGAAGUUGGUUUCCUUUUCCACAGUAUAAGAAAAACGAUGACAUACUUCACCGACUGGAUGUUGGAUUUCGAUUUGACACACUCCGAACCAUCCUGCAACAGGAAGUUCUGCUGCAGGAGGAUGUGGAACUGAUUGAGUUCCUUGACCCCAGUAUCCUGUCUGCAGGGCAGUGUAAGCAACAGGAAAACGGACAGCUUCCAACACUACGCUCCCUAGCAACUCCUAAUAUUUGGGAUGUCUCGCUGUUUCUUGCCUUUGUAAGUGCACUGUUUAUGCUUCCUUCGUGGUGGAAGGAAUCAUCGUGGCUGCCAUGGGGACUAGUUCUGCUUGUCUAUGCAGUCUUCAGAGUGUGGGGCACAUGGAGGACAGCCAAGCUGCAAAUGUCCCUGCGAAAAUACUGUAUCCAGCUGGAAGAAACAGUGGCGAAUAGCCGAGCUUUUACUAAUCUCGUGAGGAAAGCUCUACGACUCAUUCAAGAGACUGAAGUAAUUUCCAGAGGAUUUACCCUUUUGCUUGACAGGGUCAGUGCCGCUUGCCCAUUUAAUAAAGCUGGACAGCAUCCUAGUCAGCAUCUUAUUGGUCUCCGGAAAGCUGUUUAUCGAUCUGUCAGAGCCAACUUUCGAGCUUCAAGACUGGCUACUCUAUACAUGCUGAAAAACUACCCUCUGAACUCGGAGAGUGAUAAUGUGACCAGCUACAUCUGUGUAGUCCCCUUUAAGGAGCUGGGUCUGGGACUGAGUGAAGACCAAGUUUCUGAAGAGGAGGCACACAAUCUAACAGAUGGCUUUAGCUUGCCUGCACUCAAGGUCCUCUUUCAGCUCUGGGUCGGGCAGAGCUCAGAAUUCUUCAGAAGGCUGGUGCUGCUCCUCUCCCCAGCCAACGCAUCCCCCAAGCCCUUGGUCUCCCCUGAACGGCUGCCUCAUCAUAUCUUGUCUGAUGUGACUCAAGGCCUACCUCAUACACAUGCUGCCUGCUUGGAGGAGCUUAAGCGAAGCUAUGAGUUUUAUCGGUACUUUGAAAUGCAGCAUCAGCUGGGUUUUGAGCGGCCGGCCAGGACAAAGCAGAAGUCAAGAGAGCUGAACAGUCUUCAGACAGCAGUACGCAGCUUGCAGCUUCAUCUCAAGGCACUGCUCAAUGAGGUAAUAAUUCUUGAGGAUGAACUUGAAAAACUUGUUAGCACUAAGGAGACACCUGAGUUGACAACAGAAGCCCAUCAGGUUCUGGAACAAAAACUAAAGUUUAUUCAGCCUCAUAUCCAAGCAAGCAACAGCUGCUGGGAAGAAGCCAUUUCUCAGGUGGAGAAAAUGAGUGGAAGAAACCCAAAUAAAAAAGGCAAACUUGAAGUUUCCUGUGACAACCUACAGCGUACUACAGUACCUUUAACACAGCCUGCCAUAUACAUAGAAAACAAAGAUCCAAUCCCUGAGGAGCAGGAAUUGGAAGCAUAUGUUGAUUAUUCAGACACGGAGAAUGAAUAUAAAAGGGAAGAUUUUUACUGCUUUUCCCAGGAAGAAAGAGAGAGACAAGAACGAGAGAGACAGGAAUCUAAGAGGGUGUUACAAGAACUGAAAUCUGUACUGGGAUUUAAAGCAUCAGAAAUAGAAAGACAAAAAUGGAAACAGCUGCUAUUCAGUGACCAUGCUGCAGUGAAACCCUUGUCUCCUGUAGAACCACUGAAGCCACUAAAUAAUUUGGAAUCACAUAUGAAUUCAGAUACAGAAAAGCAGGACUGCAGCCAAAGCUGUGAUAAAUCUGAAGAUGACGACUCUAAUCCAAAAGUGAACACUGCUGAUACAAGCAGGACAGAAUAUUUGUAUGAAGAUCCUGAGAUGGAGAAAAACAAAGACGGUGCUGCUGCUGAAGGUAUUUCUACAGGGGCCGAAGAAAGAAUGUGCUAUCAGCGUGAAGGGGAAAUUGAAGAACUCAAGCCGAGCAAUAGGGAUGGGGUAAAGGUUUCACAGUCUCCCUCUAAGGAUGUGUUACAUUCAAAAAUCAAGCAUAGGCUGGCCCAGCUCCACAUAUCAACAGAUUUAAACUUCACAUCUGGUCUGGCUGCACAAGUUGCUGCCAGGUCUUUUGCUUUUACUACAAUGCAAGAAGAGACUUUUGGAGAUGAGGGGGAGGAGGAGGGGGAGCAGGAGAAGACACAGGAGCAUGAAGUCCGUGUGGAGGACUGUGAGAAUGAAGAUAGAGGCUCUGAAAAUGAAGGAAAAGUAUAAGUCUGAGCUGAACUUUAUUAAACCAACAGCAGGCAAUUUGACACAAAAAACUAAGGUAGGGGUUUGAAGAUGAAAAUACUGCACGGGAAAAAAAGGAGACCUAAGUAUAAUACAUCUUGUUCCCUAAGUCUGGUACACUAAAUAGGACUUCUAAGUAUAUCAAAAAUUUGCAGGUAAGAGAAGUUUAGGCUGCAUCCAAGAAAUAGUUGGCUGUUCCCUUUUUAAGAUCCUAGUGGUGGGUUUUGGAAUUUACCUUUGUGUUUUCUGUUUUAUUUAUUUAUAUUCUAAUGUAUUGUGGUUUUUGUUUCUAAAAAGAAGGCAAAACAAUGUCUUGAAUUACAACAGACAUUUUUUUGUUCUCAGAUUCCGUUAUCGUGGUAUCAAUGUUUGUUCCAACAAAAAAGCCAGGAUGUUUCUUCUGGGAGAACCUGAACUGUUCCCUGCGAUAUUCCCCCACCACUUUCAUUUCACUUCUUGUGUCUGCAGUGUGUUGGCUAAGCCACCGUAGGCAUUUGUGAUUCUGUGGCUAGUGAUGUGGCUCCCAACUAAAAUGUAGAAUUUUAAAUAAAAACUUGAAAGAGCUAGUAUUUGAUGUGUCUUGGGGUAUGGGGCUGACAGUAUGAAGUUAGUCAUGCUUCAGAUUAAGGUUUACUUAGAAUUUUAUGAAGGGUUAAUAAAUGAUUUCUAGAUGUUGUAAUUCCUGUUAGAGAAAUGUGUAGUAUAUGUUAGGGAGGGUUAUAAGCACGUUGGUAGAAAGUACUGUAGACAGCUAGAAGCUAUCUGUUGGAUUGAUAAUCGUUGAGAAGUAAAUACCUAUUUAUUAAAACAGCUAUUAAUUAUUUGUUAACCUUUUGUAAAUUGAACCUUAAUAUAAUUGUUUGGUUUGAUAUUAGAAUUGAUUGUACAUUUUUACGUCCUGAAGUAAUUUUCUUAAAGCAAAAUUAUCUGAGCACUUAACAACAUACAGUAUUUUGUUUAAACAGCAUACUUGCUUUUCCCUAAUGUUCUUUCAUUUUUCCUUAGAUCACACCUGUAACCCGUGUGAUUAAGAACCCAUGAGAGAACAAGAAUUGUGUAUUUUCUAAGGUGUAUCUUGUAACUUGGUUGACACUGAAAUCUGGAUGUUUGGUAUGAGGUUAUGUGGGUUGUUUUUUUUCUCUGUGGUGGCGUUAGGAGGAGCAGCAAAGUGAUGCUAACCUCACAGAGGAGCUGGUCAAUAGUUUCACUGCCUUCUCUUCCUUUUGCCCUCUGACACAAAAUGAAGCAAAGGUCUCAUGUCUAAUGGCGAGAGAGCUGCCUCUUUGUAUGGAAUACUCUACUUGCACCUCGAUACAUUUCCAGUCACAAAACACCUCAUCAGUUACUUAGGGUAUUUGUUGUCUCUUGAUGAUUCUAUAGAAUAAAGGGGUUUUUAGAUGCAAGUUGUUCAGAGGACGCUGUCAUGAGAAGUGGGGAAGCUAAUGAAGGUCAGCAGGUUAGGGUGGAACUCUGACCAUAUGUCAGAAAACAAGCGCUUUUUUUCAACCUCCGUCCCUUAUAUUAGUGAUUUUGUAUGAACGCUGUUAAAUAUGUGGAUUUUUUUACAGACCAUGAAGAGGUAAAUGUCAAUUGAUAAGGCAAAGGGAGUAUGUGACUUACACUGUUCUUUCACAAUAUAAUGCCUGUCUUCUCCCUCACACACAGAUUUUGGGAAGAGAAUGUUUUGCCGUUCUUUGUUAACCAGUAAGAUGGUGUUCUGUGCCCUUAAUUUUGUGUAAGUGACUGGAAGCUCAAUGGAUGAUGUCUUGGGGAACUUGUAAAAGAAAAGAGAAGAAAAAUGCUUCUCGUAGUGUAUUUAGAAGCUAAGCCUCCUCUUAGUGGCGAAGGAUGUUCUUCUGUAACCUGUAAAGGUUAGGCUAAAAUGAUGAAACACUGUUUUAUUUUCUCUGUGGUAAGCAAUUUAUUUUUUUUAUCAAGUCUGUUCAUGCUUCUGAAAAAGAAGUCUUCCUCAUCCUUGGCUUGAGAUCCUUGAGUUCACAAAGUGCCCAGAUACUUUUUGUUCCUAGCUAACUGUUCUGACUGUCUAAAUGUAUGUUCCAUUAAUAUUUUUCCACUAACUCAUCCACCAGCAUCUCGUGAUCUUAUGUUGUGUAUCCCAGAAAUGAUGUCCUGAUUUUUUCCUACGGGAUACAAAUCUUAGUUUACAAUGUGUAUGGCUAUGAUACCAACCUGGAAAAAUGAUCAGAUUUAGGAUAUUUAUUAUCUCUGUCCUCACAGUUUUGGAUUAAGUCGGUAGUAACCUGAGUGCUUUGCAUUGCUACUAAAAUAGGUUUCAGAUCUCACAUUUAUAAAAGUUGCUAUCUCUUACUCCUUUGCUACAGUCCUUAGCAAAAGAGCUGGAGAAUCUACUUUGGUGACUGACUUUGGGACCUAGUUUUAUAAUACACUGGUCUUGGUGAUGAAACUGGCCUAAGAAACCCCAUCCAUCAUUAGUUGUUCAUCUUCACCCAUCAGCUGUGUCAACACAGGUUUUUGCAGCCAUGUUAUAAACCAGCUCGUAAGUCCACUUGGGUCUAAAUUCCACUCCUUUUAGGGGCUACUUUUCACUGUUCUUACGCAUGAUGCAGUUUACAGUGUUUACCUCCAAACAGCUGUACCAGCACAUACUGUGUUGCGGGUAUGAGACUCAGGAUUGUUCGCAUUUACAUUAUUGGCAAAGAUUGUAUAGUGUGAAGUUACAGCCUUGACAUUAGACGUGGGUUUGACCAAAGCAUGACUUUUCAGAGCAAGUUCUGAUCCUACUUUGAACAAACAGAUUUUCUACAAGCAAUUUAACUGCUUUCCACGGUCUGUCUUAGUGCAGUCUUAGAAACUGCACACAUGAACAUCUGGGCUCACUUGCUUUUUCUGCCUCCCAUCACAUCUAUAUAUAACAGCCAUCAGGUCAUUUAUUUUGAUUUUUUUUUAAUAUUCCCUCUGCAGAAAAAAUAUGGCUAACAGUGUAAAGCACACAAAGCAUGACUUCCCUUAAUUUGAUAAUCAGGUUCCAUUUACAUGUAAAUAAUCUGUUAUAAUCCAGGUUUCCUCAUAAUUAUUCCAUUUGAAAGGACUGUGCAUACAUGCUAUAGAUUCCGUCAAGAACCUGACUGAUUUAUUGGCAAUCAUAAUUAAUUGUUGCAUUUAAAAUUACAUAUAUGUGAACACACUGAAGUGUGAAUUGGCACUAAAGGGUUGUGUGAAUAUAUUGAGCAUGUCAAGAUCUGAGUGCUGUCCUGUGUUCUUUGGCUCAUUACCCUAGGUAGGGAUUUUUGUGAAAACAAAACAUUUGCUUCUUAGAGCUUUGUAACUUUUUGAAACAUGUUAAUCAGGAAAUCCAUACUAAAUAAUGGGUUAUGCCAAAGGAUACCAGCGGCAAAAAUUAUUUGUGAAGAGCAGGGCUAACACUAAAUGCAUUUUCCCUAUUCUAUUUCCAGUUAGCAGCUCUGUGCCAAUUAGCGGCUCUGUGAAGUUGUAAAGAAGCAAGUAAUUAUAUAGAGUUAAGUAAUUUCUUCUCCUGUCCUACCUGGAAGGCACUCCAAAGGAGAUACUUGCUUCUUAGGUUGGAUUGCAAUCUAGCACUACAUCUUUUAUGUGACUUUACAGCUAAAGAUCUAGGUAAAGGCUUAAAUAGGGACAAAGAUCUGUGAUAUUUGUCCUCUUUUUUUAAGUGUAUGUCUUCGUGACAAAUGAAACGGUGGUGUAAUGGAAGCAAAUUUUGAGAAUUACAGAUAACUGAGCAUCUUUCAAAUAGAGUCAAAUGUUCUGUCAACUAUAAGCAAGAUUCACAAAUGUGAAGGCUUCUGCUAUCAGUUGCAGUAAUGGGACAGUUUUACUCCCGACAGGAUUACUAGACAUCGCUGAAUCCUGUGUUUAUUUUUCUAAAUACAAGAUGGAAUCUGGCAGAGUAGCCAGUUUUACUGAGGUUUCAGACUUUGUCCUGAGGACACCUAUCUGUGUGUGACCUGACUGUUUACAGUAUUGGAGAUUUUAUGUGUAUCUAAAGUGCAGAAUUUGCAACUGUCUUAAUAAUUUCUUUGGUAGUAAAAAAAGGUAUCUAAACGGUGGAUUGUAGAGUUGUUGGCCAACACUGAACUUCGUAAUCUUGUAGUCUAUCCCUUUUUAUCUUGCUUUUUUUUAAAUAGAAGCAAGGGGUCAAGUGUACUAAACUGCCCCUGUUCUUUAAAGUACUUAGUGAAGGGCUGCUGUUGCUAUGCAAGUGGCUUGUUCCCAGACCUAACUAUUUUUUAGAAUUAACAGGGUUUCAUACUGUCUCAUCUGAAAAAGCAGGCAGUGUGAGAAGGCGCUUCAUCAGUGGAAAGGGUCAGGCUACACUGGGAUCUUGUCUGUGGCAGAGACUAAUAGCAGAUGGUGAGGGAAGAGUGUGAGGAAAGGCAGAUCGUGUAGUGAUGUCUCCCCAGGCUGCUCCCCAACAAUUUGUGGCUUAGGGACUCCUUGAGCUAGUGGUGGUGGUGGCUGUCAGCUUUAACAGGUCCUGAUGGAAUUCUCUUCAUAAAUUUCUUCAGUCUCAUGCUUAGUCAGUCAUUACUAGUCCCGAUGCUGCUAUGUGCUUAUCUUUAUUACAGUGUUUUACAAAGGAGGCGAUUUGUCAAUAAUGGUUUUUAAGUUUCUUUUUUUGAACAGAGCAAGCCCACUUCUCUCAGUCCUUCUGCAGAGGUCAUGUUUUCCACCUUUCAGUUGCUUUCCUUAGAAAUCUAUCCAGUUUUUCAAGUAUAAUGACCGAAGUGUGGUGCAGUACUCCAGACGUAGCCUCAGCAGUGCCGAGUAUGGAGUAAUAAUCACCUCCCAUAAAACACUGAACCAUUCAAAUAUAUUUAAGUCCAUAUAGGAAAAAAAAUCUUUUCAGAUCUUUUACCCUUAGCUGUUCAGAUGACAAAUGAAAAUAUUUGGUCUGAGAGAGGAGAAAUAUUUAUUCACUGUCAUCAGCAGGAUUUGGCUGGAUAAUGUUUUUCUUUGCUAACAAAACAAAAAGUUGUUAAAUCAAAAUGAACUUCCAGCAGCUGCCACCUGGUCUAACAGAAACUGAAGAUGCCAAACAACACUUGUUUAAAUUUCAGCUUGACUUUUCAGCAGUGUUCUUGGUCUCUGAUGAAUAAGCAUGUAUCAGAAAAUGUAUUAUUGCACAAGAAAUGUGGCAGUGGAUAUAUAGAUAUCAGAGAUUAAACUGAAGGCUUCUGUGGGUAAUUUUUAAGGUGCCUGGAGGUGUGCUUUAUUCAUACUCUCAUGAUAUUUAAUUCCCUCGUGUAUGUGUUUUUAUUUUACCACUUGAAUUUUAAAUGCCAAAAAGUACACUUUGAUUUAUUUGACUUGGAAAUUUGUGCAGUAAACACAGAAGUGGUAAUGGUACUGUAGCUGUGAUAAUAAGACAUGUUCACAGGUAGGGGUGAAAGCUACCUACCGUGAACUUUGCUUUGUAGAUGGGUAGAGCAGUGUAGUUUGAGCUACAGAUCAGUACGUAACUGUUCUCGAUAGUCUGCCACACCUUUCACGCUGCCGUCUCUCAAGGUUUGUCAGAAUAAAACUUGACUCAACAGCUUGGAUGUUCUGUUAGCCCAUGUUACACUUUCUGAAUCGAACAUAGGAUUCUGAGGAGGUGACUAUAAUUUAGUAGAUGAGGAAAAAGAGUUUGCUUCUGUUACAAAUGGCUUAUUUUAAAAGGGUUUAAUAGGACCAAGACUUGAAUACUUUCAUAUGAUCAGCAUAUUUUGACCUUUAUACCUUCUCACCUUUAAAUCUUAAAGGCUUCAUAGACAGUCUGCUUUAGGGGAUGCAGUUCUAUAGCAGCUUAAACCAAUCCAGAUCCAGGCUGCCAUGGCCAUGCCACAGCCAUGCAAUCUCGGUCCCUCCUUUAGGCUGGCUUUUGUAACCACUCAGUGAUUUAGGACGUGGAUCUGGCUGAAAAUGCACCACUGCUUUAACUUUCACCGGGCUCCCUCAACUAAUUCAUCAUGUGGUUGAAAGAGUUCUAGUAGCAUUUCAGGGAAGCAGGAGGGAAUACAUGCCUGGGUGCUGAGGAGGAAUGCCAUAGAUCAAAUUUACAUCAGUUUGAAUUAAUAUUUACAUGAAUUACAUCAUUCGUGUAUGCAGUGAAGUGGGAUAAACUCAACUCCGUAUGUUGCUUCCUUCAUCUCCCUAUUUUCUGUUGACCGAGGAUGAUGCCACUCAUCAUUUUCCUUACUCAUUUUGACUCCAUGGGUUUUUGUUCUUCAGGCUUAGGCUGCCCAAGACCUGUUCUGUUUUACUCCACAGAGUUUCUAAACUGUUUAUUAUACUGCCAGUAAAACUGAAGUUACAAUGCAUGGUUUUUUCUGCUUACUGUUUUCACCCUUCUGGUCCUCUGACACCUAUGGUUUUCCCUUUACCACCACUCUUAAGAGGUCCAGAUUUUGAAAUAAUACACAGAUUCUUCUUGUGUGUGUUUGUGACACAGCUUGAUUCUUCUGCAUCUUCAGCAUUGGAAUGUCUAGACCUAGAUGUGUAUACUGAAUUUGAGAACUGAACCAGAAGGUGGACACCAGAACGGGGAGUACUGCAGUCAAAACAGAAAUAAUAACAUAUAGCAGCUCAAAUUUAUACCACAUUUUUGGUGUGUACACCAGUUUUGUUUUAGAAAUAACUGCGAUUCCAGUACAAGGUCCCAAAAUAGGUGUCAUUAGUUGCCUUGAUUUGUGCUUGUCUUAAUAUUUAAAGUCUGCUUCCUGACCUUCUCCAGUUGUAUGGACAAGAACAGAAAAUAAUCUCAAAUUUCCAAAUAGAGAGUGAGCAAUGCAUUCCAUUACUUUGUGCUAUUAAAAAGAGGUCCUAAAUAAACAAAAAAAGUCAUUCCUGAAUAUCUUCAGUAGUCAUUACUAACACAGUCAUGCAUUUGAUCUCAAUAGAAGCACCAUAAAUGAGGGCUCUUUAUAAUGUUUGAUAUCUGUGUUUCUAAAAUAGUAUUAAUAAUAGGCUUUAAAUGUAUUACGGGAUAAAAGCCAAAAACCUAUGGAUUGUCCUUCAGAUCUUUCAUCCAAAGCCACAGCUGGUCAAAUUUAAACAAGUUCAUGCUGUCUGUUCCAGCACUGCUCAGUAUGAGACAGUUUUUAAUGUCCUAACAUGAGUGCUUACAGACAGUUUGCAUGCACCUGUACGCCCAAGGUCUGCAAAGCUUGUAGAGAUCACGGAACAGUGCUGAGGGAAACCUUUUGGGUUUAUUGUCUCUGUCAUGCUCCGUUGCAGCACCCAUGCCACAUGCAGUCCCACUCAUAAACUUUUUCCUUCUCAGCUUUCCUCUUCACAGGCCACACAAACUAAUUGUGGAUGUUUUUUUUUCUUGUUUCUCACCUAGGUUACUAUGCUAUAAUGCACCAGGUAGUAGACCUCCAAUGAAAGCUUAAACAUUCAUGGCCAUACUGCAGAAGACAAGGCCUGGGCACACGGGGUGGAGAAGCUCUUCUGGUCUGACCACCUCUGGGAAGAGUUGUACUGAGGUGGUUUGACUAUGGGGGUGCUGAGCUACGCUUGAUGACUCUGCUGGUGUCUUUCAAAGCUCCAGUUCUUGCUAGGUUCGUUCUUCCCUCUGGUGGUCUCUCUCUUCACUCUCAGCAGUCUUCAGCCCUUCUGCAGCAUUCUGCUCCCAGCUCUUUAGGAACUUAGCCACUUUUUCCCUUCAUUUCUGAACAUGUUCUCUGAACUUUAUGAAAUGGCAGGCUAGAGGGAAUCCACACCAAGGCGCUGCUGUGCAUUCCCAGUCAUAAACUCAUAAACAGAAGGAUUCUUAGGGCUGGUAACUUGUCUGUUAUGACUUUCCUUCCAGGGAGCUUUGACCUACAUUUGAACCUGGCCCUCCUGUUCCUUCCUGGACUUCAGAACAUUCACUUCCAGAAAUCUCCCUCCUUAAUGAUCUGAUAGUGGUAAUGAUAAUGAGAUAGUAAUGUCUCCUUAGCAAGACUGAUCCUUGAACACAUGUUCCUCAUUACAUGAGCUUUACUUGUUCUUUCCAAGAGGAGGGUGGCACAGUUAUGGCUGAGCCUGUGUUCCUCUAAACAUGUUUGCUUCUUCCUGCAGGACAGGCUUAAAAUGAGCUCUCCAGCUGCUACACCAAUGUGCUUUGGCUCCACAGCUGCCUCACCUUGAGCUCUGGAAGCUCUGGGAUCUAGCAGUUGUGCUUCGGUCUUUCCCGCUGUCAAAGACCAUGUGUUUUCAGAACAUAAUUGCUGCUAAAUCUCCUCUGAAUUUUGAACCAUUUUGAAUUUUUAUUGAGCAGUGUUAACGGAUUGUUUCUUAACUUAAUUUGAGGGGUUUGUAUGAGGUAUUAUAUAUAUAUAUAUAUACACACACACACACACUCUUCAUAUUGUACAUGUGUAUUGCCAGGUAUCCCAUUUAGUGGUUUGUCUAGCACAGAGACUGUAUCUUUGUCACAUCAGAUGUUCCAGUUGCUUACUUAAAAGAUAAACAAAAACUUAAUUUUUGUUAUCUAAUGGCAAAAGAACUGAAUUCUGUUCAACCAAGCAGGCUGUGUGGAGGUAUUUAAAAUGCAUGCUGAUUUUACACCCUGAAUUAGAAAAGCUAUUUAACCUUGUUUUCUCUUAUCAAGGCUUUCCACUGGAGCUGCUGUGAGUGCCUGUACACCCAUCUGCCUUGCCUUAAACAUGUAAACAAAUACGUGUUCCUCAACAUUUUCUGCCUGCUACGUCUCAGUACUUCCCAAAACGGGGCCUAAGGGCACCAUAGAUUGCUGAGCAAGCCAGAGGGAAAGGAAGAAAAGAAUCUUGAUAAGCUGCUGUUUAAUUGGUUAAUAAAUGAGAGCUAAAAUAUAAGAGGAAAUGUUGAAAAGAGCAAACUGCAGCAAAAAAACCUUGGCAGGGCUACAGAGGGAAAUCACAUGUGAUACGCUCUGAAGUUUGCAGACACUGGGAAGGAUCCACCAAUUUCUCUUCAGUGUGGAGACAGGAAACAUUCAUCAAACUGGUAGUCUUCAGCCGCUCUUAAAAACCCCUCUAUUUUAUCUACAUUUCAUUUCCACAGAAAGACUCAGUCCUGCUGUGCUGGUGUAUCAAGCUGUAUGUAAAUCAAUCUCCAUAUCUCUUCCUUUAAGCUCUGUAUGAUGACAGUCUUUCCUGACUGUACUGAAAACCCAUGUGGUUUGGCUCCACCAGGAGCCUCUUCUGCACUUACCCUGCCAGUUGCUGAUGCUGCUUUAAACACAAUUGAUGAGAUGGGCCUCAAGCAGGUUUAGAUCAGGAAGUCUUUAAAGCAGGUAUGAAGCCUGGUGGCUGGCUCUGUUACAGCUCCAAGAACUGAAGCUCUGGGUUGGAUGUAGGCAGUAGCAGGAAUACAUUCCUGGGUUCUGCCCUUUCUGUGUGACAGGUUUUUUUGCCUGUGAUAUUUUCCCGAACCCUUUUGUUUCUUUUUUUCUUACUUUCCCACUUUACCUCCUUAGUUUUUCCCAUGGCUAUGAAUCAGGACCUAAAGGUUUUUUUGACAUAUUUGAUGACGUGCACCACCAGGAUUAUAUUGAAGCCAUUUCUUUACAUUUUUGGCUGCAUUUCCCUCGUUUCAGAAAUAGUUUGCUUAAUUGUAAUGCUAAUCGCUUUCAAAGUCUUUUUGGUUGCUAUUGUUUCUUCGGCAUCUGUAGUAAAAUUCUGCCUCACUGCUGCGUGUAUCGCUUUUUCUCCUCAUCCUCUAUGCCUGACAGCUGCCUAGGUGGCAUAGAUGUGGCUUAUCCAUCCUUCAAUUAGUAAUGAUUGAAUGGAAUAGGGAAUGCUUUUACAGGGACACGUAAAUGGUGUAUCAGCACUUUGUUUGAUCUUUUAGACAGAAGUUUAUUUAUAAUUCCUCUUUCAUCCUGAAGAUGAAAUUAAUUUUAAGCAAUCCUGGCAGUAGUUAGUUUCUGCAGUAUAUUUUGCUGGCUCCUUAGUACAAGCACUUUAGUAAUGAACACUGGUUACUCUUGUCUAAAUAAGUGAUGACUGUAGAAAGAAUGUUUUCUGUGUGUCAUGUGCUUCCAGCUGCACCUUCCUAUCAUCUUUCAGAGGCCUGUAUGCCAUGCAACCAUGGGGCAACUAUCAGCAAAAUCCCUUUUAGCAUCACAUAAAUAGCUAGGUAAGUGAGGCUUUAGGAAGAGAAUAAUGCGUCACUUGAGGACACUGGUAGCAGGUCGAUCUUUAACCUGGAAACUGAACUUGGGUGCUGUGCAGGAGAUGUCUUCUACUUGUCUAACUGGAUGAUUCCUAAGAAACAGACUUUCUUUGUACACUUCAGAAGUGCCAAAAUAGUGGCAGCAGUACAGACUGGCUUCUUUUAUCUGAAGCUUUGUGGCUCCCUCAUAAUGCUUAGGCUUUAUUAUCAGAACAAAGGCUGUAUUCUGCUGAUGUCAGGAGCUGUGGCUGAGGCACACCUCUUCCUGUGAGCUUUCCCUGUAUUGGUUUUAAGGUUAACAGCUGUUGACCACUCUUCUCACUGAGGUAUGACUCACCUAAUUCAUAUCCCCAGGAAAGAAAGCUUAGAGAUGACUGGGAAAGAAGGGAAAUAAUUUCUGCUUGAAUGGCAAGGGGAUGCUUAGUGAGGCAGGAGUAUUUAUUCUUAUGUAUUGAAUCUUGCUGCCUAACUGGUGCAUAAUUUUUUGUGCAGUACAAAAGGUCUUGCUUAUUCUUUACUGUUUCCAGGUUGGUUGGUUUGUUUUCAUAUGGAAUACUGAACAGAUCCAAUUGCUGCUGUUAGAAGGAGAAGCCUGUCUACUAAGAGGGGUCCGUAAUGUUAUCCUUGGAGAUUUUUUUGAAUGCUAAAUUGCCUGUGUGUAUUCUUCAUAAUGUACCAUAUGCAAAUAUUCUUCAGGAAUUGAUACUACCACGUCAGACAGUCAAUAUUUUCUAUGUAAGAACUGUACGUUUCCUAUACUGCCAAGAAUGUAUAUAUAUAUCUAUGAAGACUUAAGAUUGUAUCUUUUUGAGCAAGCCUCUUUCUUCAACCAUCUGAAACUUUCUUCCUGUUUCUCAAGUUCUCUGCUAAUUUAAUAGACACUUGUGUUAUAUUGUGUACUUUUUUGUAUCAGCUGUAUUGCUGUAUUUCUCCUUUCUCUCAUUAAAACCUGUUCUUCUCA